AUGACACAACAUUGCUUGCUGAAAGUGAAGAGGACUUGAAGCACUUACUAAUGAAGAUCCAAGACCACAGCCUUCAGUAUGGAUUACACCUCAACAUAAAAAAAAACAAAAAUCCUCACAACUGGACCAAUAAGCCACAUCGUGAUAAACGGAGAAAAAAUUGAAGUUGUCAGGGAUUUCAUUUUACUUAGAUCCACAAUGAACACCCAUGAAAGCAGCAGUCAGGAAAUCAAAAGACACAUUGCAUUGGGCAAAUCUGCUGCAGAGGACCUCUUUAAAGUGUUGAAAAGCAGAGAUGUCACCUUGAAGACUAAGGUGCGCCAGACCCAAUCUGUGGUAUUUUCAAUUGCAUCAUAUGCAUAUGAAAGCUGGACAAUGGAUAAGGAAGGCCAAAGAAGAAUUGAUGCCUUUGAAUUGUGGUGUUGGCGAAGAAUAUUGAAUGUACCAUGGACUGCCAAAAGAACAAAUCUGUCUUGGAAGAAGUACUACCAGAAUGCUCCUUAGAAGCAAGGAUGGUGAGACUGCAUCUUACAUCCUUUGGACAUGUUGUCAGGAGGGACCAGUCUCUGGAGAAGGACAUCAUGCUUGGCAAAGUAGAGGGUCAGCGAAAAAGAGGAAGACCCUCAACGAGAUGGACUGACACAGUAGCUGCAACAAUGGGCUUAAGCAUAACAAGGAUUGUAAGGAUGGCACAGGACCGGGCAGUGUUUCGUUCUGUGAAUACAAGACUAUAAAAUUAUUGAGGGCAGAGUCUGUGUCAGAGGCACCUAGGCAGUAGAAGAGGAAAUGGCAGGUCCUAAUCAACUGUGCAUUCGCCGCUGGACUACCAAGCAUGUAGCUGUUUGGCUGAAAGAUGAAGGCUUUUUCGAGUAUGUGGACAUCCUAUGCAAUAAGCACCGACUUGAUGGAGUCACAUUGCUAACAUUGACUGAAUAUGAUCUCCGGUCUCCUCCUCUGGAAAUCAAAGUCUUAGGGGACAUUAAAAGGUUAAUGCUCUCAGUUCGCAAAUUGCAGAAAAUACAUAUUGAUGUUUUAGAAGAGAUGGGCUACAGCAGUGACAGCCCCCUGAGUCCCAUGACCCCUUUUAUCAGCGCUCUUCAGAGUUCAGACUGGCUCUGUAAUGGCGAUCCUUCCCAUGACUGUGAUGGACCCAUCACUGACCUGAAUUCUGAUCAGUUCCAGUAUAUGAAUGGUAAAAACAAACAUUCUGUUAGAAGACUGGACCCAGAGUACUGGAAGACCAUAUUGAGUUGUAUAUAUGUUUUUAUAGUGUUUGGAUUUACAUCCUUCAUUAUGGUUAUAGUCCACGAGCGGGUGCCUGACAUGCAAACGUAUCCACCACUCCCAGAUAUAUUCUUAGACAGUGUUCCUAGAAUCCCAUGGGCCUUUGCCAUGACAGAAGUAUGUGGCAUGAUUCUCUGCUAUAUUUGGCUCCUGGUUCUUCUUCUUCACAAGCACAGGUCGAUACUUCUGCGAAGGCUCUGUAGUCUGAUGGGCACUGUGUUCUUGCUUCGCUGCUUUACCAUGUUUGUGACCUCCCUCUCCGUGCCGGGACAGCACCUGCAGUGUACUGGAAAGAUAUAUGGCAGUGUAUGGGAGAAGUUACACCGGGCCUUUGCCAUUUGGAGUGGCUUUGGUAUGACCCUGACUGGCGUUCACACUUGUGGAGAUUACAUGUUCAGUGGCCACACAGUCGUCCUAACUAUGCUGAAUUUCUUUGUCACUGAAUAUACACCAAGAAGCUGGAAUUUCUUGCACACUUUAUCCUGGGUUCUCAACCUCUUUGGAAUCUUCUUCAUUUUGGCUGCUCAUGAACAUUAUUCCAUUGAUGUGUUUAUUGCCUUUUAUAUCACAACAAGACUCUUUUUGUACUAUCAUACUCUGGCCAAUACCAGAGCAUAUCAGCAGAGUAGGAGAGCAAGGAUUUGGUUCCCCAUGUUUUCCUUUUUUGAAUGCAAUGUUAAUGGUACAGUACCUAAUGAAUAUUGUUGGCCAUUUUCAAAACCAGCAAUAAUGAAAAGGCUAAUUGGAUGAAGACAGGUCUUUGUAAUGGGUUCAUGAUUAAACGUACAGUUGAAAAUGAAUACCUUUGCUUUCUCCCCCUAGGUUGUUCCUGGAGGCCUUGCAUUUUGGCUUAUAUGUUGACAAAGUAAAGCUUCCUGUUCUGAGCAAGGCUGUGAUUGUAAAAAGCAAGAAAGAGCGAUCGAGAAUCCUUACAUAGCUGUUUGAACAGAAAGCUUAAGUAGGUGUUCUCUGCCCCUUCUCUUUAGGCAGACCUAAUGUUUGUGAUUGAGGUCAGGCUGUUGCUCGUACCUGUUGAGUAUUUGUUUAUUGAACUUAAGCAAAUCAACUUAAGCAAUUUGCAGGUUGAAAGAUCUUUAUUGAUUCCCAGUAGGACUCUAGUCAAGAAAUAUUUUUUGAAGCUCGUUGUUGUCUUCAAAGGAAAAGCCCCUAUUGUCUUCAAAGGAAAAGUGACCAAUACUUGUUAUUUGAACUAUUUUCUAUGUCUGUUGAGAAAAUGCAACUCUGGAAAGUGAUCCAGUUUACUGACAGAUAAUUUUUGCCUUCCGAACCAUCUUUAAGAAACGUGAACUGAAUAUACCAGGAUGCCUGAAUCAAGGAGAAGAGAGUGGAAGGGACGAUGCAAGAGGUGACAGAGUACUGAUGAGGAAGCCACCUCCCUCCUCAUUAAUGCAGAUGUAGAGCUGGCAUUGUCACCACAGCUGCAACAAAAGAUGCAGUUCCAGUUUUGUUCUGAGGGUUCAGUAUGACUAUCAGUAAGUAUUCAUGAGGGAAAAAUUGCCGCAUCCAUAACAAUAAAAUUGACUUAGGCUUAGUGAUGUAGGUAUCCGAAUAACUUUGUGCUAUUGUUGUUAGUUAGACAAAUGACAGCCCAAUUGUAUGCUUUUUUAAUGAUGUUAUUUAAUGAGCAAAAUAGAGGAGUGUUUCACCAGUUGUUAGGUAAAGUUCUUAUGUCCUUAAAUGGGGAGGUAUGCAUGCAAAGAGUUUUUUCUCCUUCUGAAAUGAAAUUUAUAACAGUUCUCAGACAUAGCUUUUUGGUUUUUGAAAUUCCUCAUUCUUGCCCAUGAAAAGUAAACAGUCUUAGACAUAUUUGGAUAUUAAAAGGUUUUGUUAUUUUUUAUUUUUAGAUUGAAUUGUAUACAUACGUUCCUUCCAUUACACCUUAUUUUGGCAGUCAGAAAGUGAUAUAACUUAGCUGCUGUUCACAACACUAGAAAUUUAGUACCAUAAAUAAUUUCACCUCUGUGGUAACAUUUGUCUCUUUAUUUUUAAUGAUUUCGUGGAGCAGUCAUGACAGCAGGGUGGUUCUAGAGGAGUUUGAAUCCCAACUGGUGAGCUUAGCCCCUUGGAAUAUUAAUUGUGUAGUCUUUACAUUCUAUUUUAAAACAAGAAGUUAGAAAAGGUGCUGGCAUGCUGAAGUCUAAAGUUAGAUCUCUCAGACAGAAGCCUGUUCCUUUCUUACCUGGGUGAAAUAUUUUAUUUUGCACUUUAAUUCAUACUCCCACCCCUGUAUAAGCUACAGAGGACCCUGAAUGAAUUUGGCAGGAAAGGAGUAUUAUGCAAACAAGUUUCAGCCAGUGCUGAAUGAUCCCAAUUUGGGUCUGCUGUGAACAUUAUUUUUUAUUUCUCACUUAAGUAAUGCAACAAGGCAAUUCAAGCUUUAUUAUUCUUUUAAAUCUCAUACUUCAGGAUCUUAUAAUAUCUUAAAUUGUUGAUUCUGUUACAUGCUAGGGACAAAAAUGCCAAUAUUUCAUCUAAGGAAAUUACAUAAUCAUGAAGGGUGAAGGAUGUUUCCUAUGCCAGUUAAAGUGGUUUUGACCUUGUGGUAAAGAGAUGUACUAUUGCCACUUCUUUCAAAUGGCAGAGCAGAACUGAACUUAGCUAGGGAGGGACUGAUGUUGGCUUUUGUAAACAUGUUUGAAAAAAUCUGUGGCAACAUUAAUUAAAAAGUGUUAAAGAAAUACCUACUUAGUAGUAAAUUUUCCUAACAUCAGCCCUUCGUUCCUUCAUAUGGAUUCUAUUCUAGAACAAAAUAGAAAAAAAAAAUUGCAACUAACUUUGCAGAGCUGUUGACAUUGAGAGUGCCUAAGAACAGACUGCAGUGAGGAUUGUAAAAUAACUUUUUACUCGUAUCUGUUCUGAGAAAAAGGUAAGCUAGAUUUCACAAUUUAUUGUUAUAACUAUUACAAGGCAGUGUUGACAUAAAUUAAUCAUCUGUCCAGGCCUCUUUCUUGGAAAACUUUGAGACAGAAUUCUUUUCAGUUUUUUUUUUUUUUAACAUGAAACCUACGUUUUAGCCACUUUUUCUUUUGUCCAGAAAUUUCCAGAUUUUGUCUUUGUAAAUUUUUUCUUAUUAAAAUCUAAACCACAGUGAAGGUAGCCUUUACGUUUACAUUUUGAGCAUGAAUGUGGCAAGGUAGAGAAGCCUACAUGCCUUAGGUCUACAUGUUUUUCCAACUUGUAUUUGGUUCUGCAGUUGCAGACUUGUGAGAGGCUUCCAUUAUUAAACAUUGAGACCGUAGUAUGAAAGGAACCAAGAAGGUUUUGGUUUGGGGAUACAAACUGGGAGGGCAUACUAAAAGUCCUUGUUGUAUUUUUUAUGUUCUUGGGGACAGCAUCACCUUUUGUUUUUUUUUUUUUUUUAAAGAUCAGGCAGGGCAGUGUAACUGCUAGUAUGAUUGAAGUCAGUAGGGAGUAGGAGGUCUUGAAGAAGUCAAGGUUGCUGUUAUAACCAAAUAAUUUGGGAGAAAACCUCCUUUAGCUGAGCUGCAGGAUUUUCAACAUGGCUACUCUCUCUAUAGUUCUCUGUGGCCAAAAUGACUAGGGAAAAAAUACAACAUCUGUAUGCGGUUCUGUUUAUUAGUAUCCUUUCAAAUCUGACAGCAAGGAGUUAGCCAUAAAAAAAAAAAAAAAAAAACAGUUAAAUAAGUGUGAGUUGUUCAUGGGAAAAACCCAUUGGCCAGAGAGACCUGCUGCUAGUAUAGCUAUCUUUUAAGAAUGACACUGCAAGUGGUGUUCUUUCCUCCUCUGUACCCACCUGAGUAUUUUUACUUCAAAUUCAAAAAAUGCUGUGAUUUAUAAACAAGGAACAGAGGAGCCAAAUACUUACGUAGCUAAUGCGAAACAGUCUGUUUUAGGGAAAUCUGUUUGGAAAAUGUUUGUAACUGGAGUCCUAUUCAUAACACUAACCUGCUUUGACUGUGUUCUGCAAAAGGCAGUUUCAUCACUGAUUUCAUAAUAAACUUUUUUUAAGGAUUCCAGUGCCAAAAUGCUAGAGAAUGUUAACCAUAUUCUUGUGUUAAACUCUGUGAUUUAAAAUAAAUUUAAUUCUCUGAUAGUCUUUCUGUAGACUAAAAGUUAUCCCUUAUUAAAAGUAAUUAUAGUAACAGUUAUUUGUCAGUUCUUUAAUGUAUUCAGGUAUUUGAGACCAGAAAAGCUCUUUCUUAGGUAGUCCAGUUGGUUUCUUAAGCAGUAUUGGUUUCAUUUAGACAUUUUCCAAGCUGACGAAGCAUGUCAGUUUUUUUGCCAACUUUACUUGACAGUUUAGACAAUCUGCAUUUACAUGAAGUUUAGCCUGAAUUAGCCUUACAUCUCUGUAGAUGAGAAUUGUCAGUAACAUCAAAGGUCAGAAUGCUUCAGAUGACCAAUGAUAAAGGAAAGAGUUUUGUUUUGUUGCUGUCUUUAAGUAGCUUUGAAUGACUGAAAUUAAUGUGGAAGUAGGUUUUGGUUCCCUCACCGCCCCCCCCCCAACAGCAAAUACCACAGAUUUUGAGUAUGUAAAAUAUGACGUAUUACUUUACAUCAAGUCCAAUAUCAGUACCUAUGAAAUCCAGGAGCCAUACUGAAGCUGAUGAUAAGUUGGUUUUUCAGAAUACUGUUCUACCCUAAAUUAACCGGGACUUCUGUGUACUCCGUGUUUCAGCAUAACACAGCUUUGUGCCUGAGAAGGAAGGAAACUGUGUUAAUUUCAUAUCUGUUGUUUCCUACUUGGUCGUGUGAAAAAAUUGAACCUUGAUAGCCAAGGGAUGUUAUCAGUUAGUAAUAUCAUCUUUAAAAUGUUUAAUAUUAAUAAUUUUUCAUUCAGAGAAUCUGUAGAUUGUUAGGACAAUGGAGUAUUUCUGACAUGGAACAAAGGAAGUGGAAACUGGUACUUAAUGGGGGAAGCAAAGUUAGCUUGGACUAAAAUUUGCAUGUUUUAUUUUGAGAACACUACCCAAGUGUCUCCCUAUCCACAGAGAAACUAGUAUUACUUGAAGAUGUGAACGUUCCUGUGGUAGCCAGAGCUUGAAGCACAGUAUUGUAUAUAAGUAAAUAUCUUGAUUCUAAAUUAAAUCCAGAUUUGACUAAUAUAUAUUAUUUUAUAUCUUUGUUGUAUUAAAAUGUUUAAAAACACUAAAAAUAAAACAUUUCAAAGUUGGAUUGUAGUCAUUUAUUUAAACACGUUUGCAUUAUUAAUGCUGCUGGCCUAUGUUUUAUACAGUAAAAAUUUUCUUUUUGCAAAUGAUGGAGCCCUGUGACUUUAAAUCAUUCUAUAGUAUCUGUCUCUGGUAUUUACUAAUUCUUAGUUGUCUAUUAGUUGAGCCAUGUUCCCUUUUCUGUAAAAUAGGAAAGAAAAGUGAUCCUCCUGAGGAUAUUAGAAUAAUUCUAGAUUAAAACGUUGGAGGGGAGGGAAGCUGCUUAUUCCUGAACAUGUUAAUGCUUCUUUUGUUUUAUGUUUUGGUUUUAAUUGUGGAAUAGAUAGGAAGAUGUCAUUAUCCUAUAAAAUCAGCUUUGGAGCUAAUUAGGAACAGGAACAAUAGGGAAAUGGGCUGUUGUUAGGGGUAGGCCCAGUAUUGGGCAUAGCCCAGAACUGUGGAGUAGAGAUGCGAAGCAUCUUCAUAGGUGCAGGACUGUAUGAGCUUAAUCCACUACUGAAGUUGUCUUCAUGAUUGCUACUAAUAUGUAGCCUCUGGUGUGGCCCCAGCUGGUCUCUCUGGGGAAUUCUUGGAAAGAAUAGCCCAGAAGAGACCUUGAGGCAGCAUGGGGGAAUGGAAAAUGCACUGGGAUUUAGACUCUGAGGGCCUCAGGAGAAGUUGCAGCACUGCCACUGAUUAAAUCAGGUCUUCUCUUUAAGCCUCUGCUUAACCUUAUGUGUAAAAUGAGGAAAAACACCUACUUACCUCAUGGGUUGUAUUAAGGGUCAGAUUCUGAAAGUGUAGCCUUACUGGCUAAAUACCUGGAAAACCAAAAACCAAACCAAACCAGUUGUCGUCGAGUUGAUUCUGACUCUUGGCAACCCAUGUGUGUCAUAGUGAAACCGUGCCCCAUAGUGUUUUCAGUGGCUGAAGUAGAACAGCAGGCCUUUUUCUUCUAAGGUGGCUCUGGGUAGACUCGAACCUCCAGCCUUUCAGUUAGAAGCCAAGGGCAUUAAGCGUUUGUACCAUCCAGUGAUUUCAUACAUACCUUGUAUUUAAUGCUAAAAUUUUAGUUGAGUUUAAGGUCAGUUACACAGAGCCUAUGUCCCAGGGAAUUAAUAAUCUAGCUAGGAAGAAAACAUGGGUUCAUUUAGACCAUUUUCAUCCAGAGUUGGUGUUUUACAUAUUUGGCUAUCCUAGAAGGCUUUCCCUUUGGAAAAAAGGUUGGGAUAAGGGAAGGAGAUGUUUGGAAACCAUUGAGGGAACAAACACUAGGGAAAGGGGACUAAAUUUUUAGUCUCCAUUUAGUGGUAGGUUGGGAGAGGAAGGGGUCACCAAGAGCUGGGGGAUCCUGGAAGAAUUCACUAAGCAUGUAUCUUAGUUAUCUAGUGCUGCUAUACCACGAGUGGGUGGCUUUAACAAAAAAUUUAUUUUCUCACAGGAGCCUGGAAGUCUGAAAUCAGGGUGCCAGCUCUAGGGGAAGGCCUUCUUUCUCUGCCAGCUGUAGAGGAAGGUUCUUGUCUCUUCACAGCGUCUAUUCCUUGGCUCCUCGGUGAUAUUCAUGUGGCAUGACAUUUCUCUUCCCCCGUCUCUGCUGCUGACUUGCUUGUUUAUUUUCUUUUAUAUCUCAAAAGAGAGUGAUUUAACACAUCCCCCACACUAAUACUGUCUUAUUAACAUGACAAAACCUAUUCCCAGAUGGAACUAUAACCACAUGUAUGGGGGUUAUAAUUUACAACACGUAUUUUGGGGGGACAUAAUUCAGUCCAUAACAGCAUAUGAAACUUGAACUGGGCCGUCUCCGAAGGAUAAGUCAGGGCAUGAUCAAAGGCUUAGAGGUGAGUGAAUCAAGAGUAUAUUCAAGAGACAGCAAAAGAAUUUAAGGAGUAACGAGUAAGUUGAGUAAUGAGUAAGCAAGUUGAGGCAAGAUUAUAAAGGAUUCUAAUGGUCAUACAAAAAAAUUUUUUUUAAUGUAUUAGGGAGCUUAUUGACAGGGUAUGUGUUUAAUUUCAUUAUAAAUGGGAGCCUUAAGAAUGCCUAUUUCCAGGGUCUAAGUUGAGAGUACAAGUAUAACUAGUUCUGUAGACAGAGUGUAAAAAUGACGUGGGGUCGGCAUCUGACCACCUCUAACUUCACAAGGGGGAAUGAGAAUCAAGAUCAACAGCCCAAGGCUGAUUCCUGUGAGGCGGAGAUCAGAUAUGCCUCCUCUCUGCCAUCUUUACCAAUUCUGGCACCAACCAUGCCUCCCAAACCACUCUCUACCUCUGCUGGGUUGGUCAGUUCAUUGCGGUGGCCACACAGAACUCACAGGGAAGUAACAGGUUACAAUUUAGGUUCAAGAAUGCUCAGGAUACAGUUCUUCUAUCACGACAGCCUCUUCCCAGUCUUGUUCGCAGGCAGGUCUCUUCUUGGCCCUUAGUCUCUACCCUGUUCAGGCAAGUGUUACAAAGCUCUUUCGUUUUUGCCGGUAAGUGCCCGGAGGCAUCCCCACUUGCUUGCUUAGUGCUCUCUCUUCCUUUCUCAGUCUUCUGUUUACAGGAGCUUCUCAGCACAGGGAGCCCGGAUCCAAAGGACACGCUGUACUCUUGGAUGUUUUUCCCUGGUGGUGCAGGGAUCCUCUCUUUUCCUGCUCAUUUCAAGCCCAGCUGGAUGGCAAAACUGACCAAUCCCCUUGGUGGGCCAGAAUACCCUAUUUGCACAAUCCCACCCAAUCAGUUGGGUGGGUGUUAUAAGACCGUGACGAGAAAAGGCCACACAAAAGCAGUCCAUCACACCGCACAGAGAUAGGUAAAGGACAGAGUGUAAAUCACAAAGAGAGAGGUGAGUUGGUGGAAAGAACAUACAAGAACAAACUGAAGAUGAAGGGAAGGCUAGAGUUCCUGAGAUAGUAGGUUAAGGUACCAGGACUGGAGGUCUUUGCCCCCAACCACAGAAGAUCAAGGCACAAACAAAUGAACUGCCAACUGCUACUGGCUGGUGUAAUAUGAAUCUAGGAUGUCAUAUACCUUGUAUCCAAAAUUGUUUCUCUGUGGCCCUGCACCUAGCCCACCUGCUAAGAGUACUGGGUUGCCAGGCGUGAAGUAGAAUCUGACCUGGCCCUGCACCUAGCCCACCUGCUAAGAGUGCUGGGUUGCCAGGCGUGAAGUAGAAUCUGACCUGGCCCUGCACCUAGCCCACCUGCUAAGAGUGCUGGGUUGCCAGGCGUGAAGUAGAAUCUGACCUGGCUCUGGCAGAGGCUUCAGGAGGGGGCUGCUGGAGUCAGAGGGUGUCUUAGGGAGCUCACUUACCACCCUCAGGUGUAACUUUGAAGAAGAUGACCAAAUGAUAGCUUCAAGGCCUCUGCUAGAAUAGAACAGUAAUUAAAUGCUAAUUAUAUGCGUUCUAUAGGGUCGCUAUGAGUCAGAAUCGACUUGACAGCACUGGGUUUGGUUUUUUUGGUUUUAUAUGUGUUCUCAGCUCAUGGGCUCCCUACGAGAGCAGGAAAUAUAAAACCACCCUGCUGUGUUCAUAUUCCAGCCUAAGAGCCCUGGGUCCCACUCUGAAGAGAAUAUAUGUAUGUAAUGGUUUUUUGAUACAGACUAAUCAGCAGUCUUCAUCAAGAAGAGGUCAAAGUACAUGACACUUGAACCCAUUUUUCCACAAGGACUGAUUUUGGAGGCCUAUCUGGAGAGCGUUUUGGCACUAGUGAUACAAUUCGGAGGACUUCACAGUUGCAACCUCACAUACAGAAAUUUGAUAAGCAAGAUUCUGAAUUUUCUUUGCUAUUGAUUCCACACUGGCACUUGUGAUUCUUACUAACUUUACAAAGAAGUUACUAAUUUUAAAUAAAUAAUGCAUGAGCCUGGCACCAAACUGUAUGUACUUGCCGGGGGCCAGCCUCAGCAAUGAACAGGGUUACCAGAGGAGGGGUAGAGUUCGGCGAAAAAAGAACGAGCGGUAGAGUGUCUUAUAUUUUCAUUCUGCAGAAAAAGAAGGCUCUGCUCUUUAUUUUUUACAUGGUCUUUUAUAUCAUAAGCUUACAAAAGCAUAACAUCGCAUGAUCAAUAAAGGGGCAGUACAAGAUAUAAUCAUAAACAUCAUUUCCCAGAGACAUAAUUUUCCAAGUGACACAUAGUACAGUUCCGCAUACAUACACAAGUACAAUGAGUUUUUUGUUUAAUUGAAGAGAAUAUUUUGUUGAUAUAUUUUUACACAAAAUAAUAAUUGACUUCAUAUUGCUUUACACUUAUGCUUAAUCUUGCAAUACCUUCCACAGUUUUUAUAACAAUUAAUCUUUUUGCAAAAUCAUUGUUACAUAGGCUUUGUCCAUCUUGUCCAGGGUGGUCAAGUUCCUGAAGCCCAGCCACUUUGGGUUACGUCAUAUUGUCCACGAUUAUGCCAAGGACAAUUAGCCCAAUCUCUAUACCCAAAGACCAGUCAAGCGCAGCAGUGAGCGGGGUGGACGAGAAAGUUGACCUGUAAUUGGCUGAGAGAUUGGCUGAGAGAACUCACUGCCUUUUGUUUUUCCACUUUUAUGGGGUCAUGUGUGGGUGGUGGUUUAAUCACAAAAGGGCCUUGGUAAAUACCAGGAUUCCACCAUCCUGUUUUUGUUUUCCAUAGUCGAGCUAUUUGUUUUUCCCCUAAGACAACUUCAUGUUGAUCCCCAAGUAACACACGGGCUGUCCCUACCCGAGAUUUCACCAGGGGAUUAUGAGUAGGACGCCCCCCGUCCAAAGGUCCCUAAAUCUAUAAUGGAAUUUUAUGCUUAUACAUUCUGCUAUACACAGGCUGAAAAUGAAAUAGAAACAUAACACAGAUGACAGAGAUAUUCCUGACUUUUCAGGAAUUCUUCGAUGUUUAUGCUAGGGGCAGUGGGUGCAGAGGGGCCGCCCUUGCAGCCUGGCUCUUCCUGACUUUUCAGGAAUUCUUUGAUGUUUAUGCUGGGGGCAGUGGGUGCAGAGAGGCUGCCCUUGCAGCCUGGCUCCUCCUGACUUUUCAGGGAUUCUUUGAUGUUUAUGCUGGGGGCAGUGGGUGCAGAGAGGCCGCCCUUGCAGCCUGGCUCCCAGCAUGUACUGAAAAGCCCUUUUGUCUCCCACCCCUGUCCUUCAGCCUUCAUUUCCCCUUGUAGGAAGCAACCGGCUUUAACUAGUUUCUUCUGUGUUUUUCCAGAGGCGUUCUCUGCAUAUGCAAACAAAUAUAUAUUAAUGUUUUUUAAAUUAUCUCAUACAAACUGUAGCAUACACAGAUGGUUUUGCACCUUGCUUAUUUCACUUAAUAUAUGCCAUUGCCUUCCAGCCGGACACCACCAGGGGUACACUUGUAGUUGAACAAUUUGGUUUUAUUGAACACUUGCCAUGGCAUAGGAUUUAGGCUUAUGAUAGACGGUUUUGGGGAAGGUCUUGAAGCAGGACUUUGCAUUGGAUGCGGGGGAACAAUUCUGUGAUGAGUGUCUUAAUGAACCUUAACCGUAAAGCAGGAGGAAUGAGCUGAGGCUAAAGCUCUAAUUGGUAAAGAAGCAGCAGUCACUCAUAUUAGUUUGGUAGUUUUUAUUUAGAUGUUGUUCAUGUUUUUGUCUUUAUCCUUCAUGGCCACAGGUCUUUGUGAAAUUUUUUAUAUUCUGUAGGAGAACAAUGUCACCUGCCUGUGAGUGCCAGGCCAGCUUGUACCAACAUCAAGUCUAGCUGAUGGUCCCAGGUCACUUCUGGAUGUUAGGAGUCGCUUUUCUCGUUCUUACAUGGUAUUUAGCAUUCUCUCCAUAUAAGUACAUAAAGAAUGAGAUGUGCUUUGUUCUUGUUAAUGGCGUGAUACUCCGCUGGAUGGAUGCUAUAGUUUAUCUACCCUGCCCCUGAAUGACAAGUAUUUACAUCUUUUACUAUUCCAACAGUGCUGCAAUAAAUAACAUGUCACUUUGCAUGUGUACCAAUUUAUCUGUAGAAUAAAUUCCUAAAAGUGAAAUUGAGAUAAAGGCUUUGUGCAUCUUAAAUUUUGUUAGAUAUAUUCAGAUUAACCUUUGUAGAGGUUGUAACAAUUUACUCUUCCAUUAGCAAUGUACGAGUUUGCCUGUUAAUCCACACUAUUGCCAGAACAGUGCAUUACCAAACAUCCGUAUGUUGCCCAAUUCCCUUUCCUCAUAAGCAAGUUGUAUAUGUAUUUUUGAAAUUGUAAUAUUAUAAGGGAAUGGUGAACUGGUGAUAACUUUAUUGCAAAUCUUUCUAGAGGAUUAAACUGCAGACUUAAAUAACAGGCAGUAAUAUCUAUGUCAUAUAUUUUGUUUAAAGCCCAUAUGGCAUCCUGAGACCAGAAGAACUAGAUGGUGCCCGGCCACAACCGAUGACUGCCCUGACAGGGAGCACAACAGAGAACCCCUGAGGGAGCAGGAGAUCAGUGGGAUGCAGACCCCAAAUUCUCGUAAAAAGACCAGACUUAAUGGUCUGACUGAGAUUAGAGGAAUCCCAGCGGUCAUGGUCCCCAGACCUUCUGUUAGCCCAGGACAGGACCCAUUCCCGAAGACAACUCAUCAGACAUGGAAGGGACUGGACAAUGGGUUGGAGAGAGAUGCUGAUGAAGAGUGAGCUACUUGUAUCAGGUGGACACUUGAGACUGUCUUGGCAUCUCCUGUCUGGAGGGGAGAUGGGAGGGUAGAGAGGAUUAGAAACUGGCAAAAUUGUCACGAAAAGAGAGACUGGAAGGGCUGACUCAUUAGGGGGAGAGUAAGUGGGAGUAUGGAGUAAGGUGUAUAUAAGCUUACAUGUGACUGACUUGAUUUGUAAACGUUAACUUAAAGCUCAAUAAAAAUUAUUAAAAAAAAAAAAAAA